AUGAGUUCGGCCAAAUCAGCACCCAGCGCCGACAUGGAAACCCCGGGGGAGGCCAGACCGACGCCAUGUUCAGACGAUACGCGAUUGCCGAAUGCGAGGGUUGGGGACGGCGCAAGCAUCCCGAGCGCGGAUUCCGAACGCAUGGAAUUCGACGUGAAGGCUUACCAGCGAAGUCUUCAGCAUGCGAUUCGAGAGAAGCGCUUCAAGGAUGCAUCUGUUGAUCACCGGAAGAUAAUUCAGCUUCGGAUCGAUUUGUCACCACAUCUUCCUUUCCCUGUGGCUGAUAUGCUCGACGCAUAUACUCUACAAGCUGUUCUUCUGCUCAUUUGCCAUGAUGUGGAUGAACAUGACCGAUCGAUAUUCCGACAGGCGAUGAACCAUCUUUCUUCCCAGAGAUUGGCAAGCGAGUCAUGGGGUCUACUGUGUGCUCGAGUUGGAGCAAUAUUCAUGAGAUCAUCCGACAAGGACGAUCUCGAGCAAGCCAAAAAGUACCUGAACUGGUCGCUAGAAGGCUUAGUGAGAGCGAAGCCGCUUCCUCUCGACCACUUGUUAUCUAUUUCUCAGCGGCUUGCCGACCUCCACGAUUUCUCCAAAGAUACAGCUCGCGCAGAAGGUCUAGUGCAAUGGCUCAAGACAACUACAGGAAGCACUGCUUUCCAAGACGUCCAAGUUGGUCGGAUGUCUAAGGCGUUGGAGUGGUGCAAGAAAGAGGGCCUUACUGGGGAGCGUUUUGAUACCAAGGAUCAAACAAAAGGCGCCUCGGCCUUGGAACAUGCUAUUGGGCAAAACGAGUAUGAACAACUCGAGUCCAUGUUGAUCUUUACAGAACAGACUAGCCCUCCCAGCAACCUGGUGUCCGAGCUCCUCCUCACGGCCGCGGACACGCGCAACGCAAGGAUAGCCACACUGUUAUUCGAGCAUAACGCAACGGUUGACACAGUUGAUACGGAAGGCAGAACGGUUCUGCAUCGGUGUCAGCAUUGCCCAAGCCUCGGAAACAAAGGAGGCCACGAUAUCGCUGCCAUGUUCUUGUUCCAGCCUCAGAGUUUUGACCUGAUCAACAAGCAAGACCGCGCCGGAAAGACUGCACUCUACAUGGCUUGCGAAGAGGGUUACGCCGAAAUGGUUACCCUCCUUCUCAAUCAUGGGGCUAGGUCAAACACAGCCGAGAUCAACGGCAAGACCGCUCUUUAUUUAGCAUGCGAGAGAGGCGAUCGGCGCAUCGUAGAGCGUCUUCUGAGAGCUGACGAUCUGGAAAUCAACGCCAGAGGCCCUGGUGGUUUGACACCCCUCAUGGUUGCAGUAAAAUUUGCUGCCGCCCAUGCUCAUGCUGCUAAAGGAAUUGGCAUGGUCGAGGAACUCCUACGCAAGGGUGCAGAUCCGACAAUGGAGGACAACAAUAAAAAGAGUGCUCUACAUUACGUCGGAGGCGUUUGGAGAGACGAUUUAAAGCAUGCCCUAAAGAUUGGAAACCUCAAUACUACUGGAGCUAGCUCUGGGACAACGGCUGUACCGAUAGUGAAGUCUUCAGACGCUGCCUCAAGUCAAACCAGAGUUUUGGAAACAGGAGGGCGCUCGCCCAGUCUCAGAACGUUGAGCUUUAGCCGCCAGUUCUGGCCGACCCGCGUAGUGGGCAGCACGUCAAGCCUAGCUACCUCAGCAAGGUUCUCGAAGUCUAUAUUCUCAAAAGCAUCCGGUUCCUCAAGCUCUCGACGCACCAGCAUCACAACCCCAAGUCAGGCUCCAGACAUGACCGACCAGCUCGUUGCCCCAGACGAUGUCGCAGACGCCAGCUCUUCCCGAAUUGCGAUAUCUUCCGCAAAGGGCCCGGGACACCGGCCGACUAUGAAGGCAAGGCACCCUUCUGAUGAUUCCAUAGAUGUUGCGCCAGAAGACAGGAUUGCUAGCCGAAGACCUAACUCUAUUUCGUCGGGUGUUGGACGACCUGUCGGCCCCGCUGAUCAAGCAGAAUCUAUCAGACAGAUAGAGCCAGGACAGAUGCUGUCCAAUCUUGAUAUCCGCGACACACAGCGCAGUGCGGGUGACCAACAGGAGGACGCCGAAUCUGAUCAUCAGAGCACAGAGUACGAUUUCGAUACACCUCUCGAUACGUCGGAGGAUAGUUAUAGCGGCGAUGAUGGUCCAUCCUACUCCAACUUGAGCCCGACCUCGAAUCCCCAUCGAGGGCACCCAGGAGGACAGCAGAGUCACCCAGGUGCGCCUUAUAGCGGCGGAUCGUGGAUGCUAUCUCAGUCUCAAACUCAAAACGGGCCGCAACAUACGCCGUCGGACCAAUCAGGGAAUGGCCAAAGUCCCGAUGAGAGUCAAGGGUCGGGAGAUUUUUCCGUUGCCGAUCAAGGGCAGGAAGGAUCGGAGGAGAAACGUCGACCUAUGUUCGCAUGCCCCUUUGCCAAGAAGGACCCAGUUGGAUAUGAUCAUUGCCACAAGCACAAGUACAAGCUUACAGAGAUCAAACAUGUGAAGCAACACCUGGCACGGCGUCAUCUGAUUUGGGACUGCCCACGGUGUCGGCAAGGAUUCCGGACAAAAGGCCUCUACGAUCAGCAUCUCCGAGAAAGCGUCUGCGAAGUGAUCUCGCGCGACCCACCAGAGGGUAUGACUUUGGAACAGCAGCCACAACUGAGCAGACGGUCGAACUCUCGAUUAUCCCCCGAAGACCAAUGGUUCGCCAUAUGGGAUAUUCUCUUUCCGGGGCGGCCAAGACCCAUGUCCCCUUAUCAGGAUGAUUUCAUUAAUAUCACGGACCACAAUAACUACCUGCAGGAGUUUUUAGGUAGCCGUAUGCCCGAAAUCGUCCAGGGAGAGUUUCAGGAGCUCGGCAACCCGACGCACAUUGGGUACGAUCAAGUUCUCCACGUCGUGGGCAGAAUCAUGCGCCGGUUUGCAGACGGGCUAUCGCAGGGCGAUAACGCUACGAGGCACAAUUCUGGACCACCGUCAAGCCAUGCCGGAGACGGGAACGGGAACCUUCGAGAUAUUCCCGAGCUGGCGGAGAUCGGCCCAUCAAGCCAGGGGACCAUGCAGAGGAGUGACAUUCCACCACCGGAUUCUGGAACAGAUGCCACCAUGAUGCAGGUUGACGAUGCUUAUAUGCACCCACAUACCUUUCCAUUACAUUCGAUCGAAGAAGGGUCAUCACCGUACUCCCAAGGUCGACCGCAGGCACCUUUCGACACCAGUCCCAGCUACGGGGAAACGGGAGAGCAGAUUCGGCUGGACUCUUCUGUAACACCGGCUGGAUUUGGUAUGAACUUUGACCUCCCAGUAUACAAUCAUACCCCCAGCCUCAGCCAGGAGGUAUUCCCAAGCAACAUGUCUGGCUUCAGCGGCGAUUGGGCUAUGGAAGCCAUUGCCAACCAACCUCAUCCCACUAAUCACUUAUUCCAACCGGACCCUCGUUUCGUCGAAGACUUUUUUGCGCAAAUAUCAAAUCUCAAUCAGGACAUGAGCGGAGGACGAUCUCAGGUGGAUUUGAACCGGUUCUAUCCGUACAGCUCCGAAUAA